CGGACAUUCAAUCAUGUAUUGAUAAAGUGAGACCCGUAAGAUUUGGAGAGCAUUUGAACUUAUUCGAACUUGAAGUUACUGCGUAUAGUUCAGGUUAUUGUCUUGGUGCCGCUAAUUGGAUGAUCGAUUGUGGUGGAGAAAAGAUUGCCGUAAUAUCAUCAUCUUCCACGAUACCGAUACAUCCUUUGCCAUUUGAUGAAGCAGUAUUUAAUGAUGUUGACGUUGUUAUCCUUAGCGACUUGCGUGAUGGGGAUAGCUCUAGAUUUGAAAACAUUCUUAUGGAAAUUGGUCAAUGUGUUGCAAAUACUUUAAAAAACAAAGGAAAUGUUUUAUUUCCUUGUACAAUGAAUGGAAUUAUUUUUGAUAUAAUGGAUUUUUUGGAUCAACGCUUGAAAGCUAUGAGAUUAUGUAGUAUUCCGUUCUAUGCAGUAUCGCCCAUAGCGGAAGAAUCACUAAAUUAUUCUAAUAUAUGUGGGGAAUGGGCUGAUAGUAAACUUCAAGAAAAAUAUCAGGAGCCAUGUGUGAUCUUUGCUGGGCAUCCUUCUUUACGUAGUGGUGCUGUGAUAAAUUUUAUUAGAAAAUGGGGGAAUAAUGCGAAUAAUUCAAUAAUAUUUAUAGAACCGGAGUAUGAUUACAUAGAAGCUAUGUCUGCCAUUGAAGGGUUACAAAUAAAGCCUACAUAUCUUCAAAUCGACAUUAGAUUAACUGUCAAUGAGUAUGCUGAGAGAAAAGAAAUCUCAACAUAUGCUAAUUUACAUUUUCAACCAUCUAUGGCUGACUCUAAUGCUUCAGCUCAGCUGUUCCCUUCACAUACUGGUCAUGCUAAUUCCAAUCCACCACUAUCCGCAAACUAUAUUCCUAACCCUAACCCUCUCCAACAAAGUCAUAACGUCCUUUGUUUUGACAUUCCUGGCUUUAAGAUUAUUAUCAUUCCUGUAGACAAUUCGACUUCAAAUGUUGUCAAUAAUAGCUCUCAACAACAACAAUUUAAUAAUUAUAAUAAUUUUAGUGGCUAA